UAUUGUUUAGUUUUAUCAAUCAGCAAUAGGUAGGUUUAGAGGAUGGUCCUCCUCUUUCUUUUUAUAAGCAAUUACUUGUAAAUUAUAGACCUCAUGGAUGGCAUAUUCAUGUUAGAAUGUCAUCAUCAUCAUCAUUAUCAUCAUCAAUGUCUUCUUCAUUAUUUCCAAAACGUACUUUGGGACAAACACACUGCUUCUGUAAGGUCGAUGCCACAUUGAAAUAUUCAAGUACUAGAAGAAAUCCAGGACGACCCUUCUUAGGGUGUCCAAAGUACAAUACAGAGGGAUUACCAUACUGUAAAUUUUUCAAGUGGGCAGAUGGUAAUGAAGAAAUUGAGUUCCGACUUCAAGAAAGAAACAAUGAACUAUUAAGGAAGGAGAAUGAGCUCGAGAAGAUGAUGGACGAUGUGGAAAAGACGAAAACUGAGCUCCGUAAAAGAGUGGAUGAAAUCGAGAAGAGAGAGCUGGUGGUAUCCAAUAGAGAGAAGGAGCUUCUGGAACAACAAACUGAAAUGAGGCGUGGACGCAUACUACUUCGGUUAUAUUGGGGUUUUUUAUUUGUAGUUGUAUGUUACUUGGUAUUAUUUAAGUAACAUGCAACUAGGUGUACUUAUUGGACUGUUUAUUUGAUGUAAAUAUGCUUAUUGGACUGUGUACUUGAUGUAAAUAUAAACCAUUUUAGCAAUGUAGUGGAAUGAAUUUCCAUUUGAUGAGUAUUGGAUUAUGAGUAGUGGAAUG